CAUCACUAAUAUAUUUGCUUGCGUGAUCGCUGGGCUGUAUAUAAAAGCUGUACUAGGCCCCGCUUGGUCUUCCAUCUAAUUCAUCCUUCAAAGUCCUCUUACUUUUACUACCGUACAAUUGUCCUUCAUAUAUAAUACAUCAUCAUGGCGUCCAAGACGUGGAACAUUGGUGUGGUCGGGUACGGCUUCAGCGCCAAAACUUUCCACAUCCCUUUCGUUCAGAAUGUUCCCCAAUUGAAGCUGUAUGCCGUGGUGCAGCGUACCCCAAAGCCUGACGACGAUGCCGAGAAGGACCACCCAGGCAUCAAGUCCUAUCGGACUUCCGAGGAGUUGGUCAAAGAUGAAGGAGUCGAUGUCGUCAUUAUCACUACUGCCCCGGAAUCGCACUUUGAGCUGACGAAGCUUGCCCUGGAGAAUGGAAAGCACGUUGUCUGCGAGAAGCCAUUCACCCCAACCACUAGGGAAGCUGACGAGCUCGUUGCGCUUGCCAAGAAACAGAACAAGCUGUUGGCCGUUUAUCAAAACCGUCGCUGGGAUGCUGACUUCGUGACUGCGUCUAAGCUUGUGAAGAGCGGCGCUCUUGGUCGGAUUGCUGAAUAUGAGACUCAUUUCGAUCGUCAUCGCCCCGAAGAGCCAGCCGCCGAUGCCUCGAAAUGGAAGAACAAGGUCGUCCCCGGUGGCAGUGCCAUUUAUGAUCUCGGAAGUCACCUGCUCGAUCAGGCCGUGCAUCUGUUCGGACUGCCAAACCGUGUCACUGGUUUCAUUGGCUCUCAACGGGAGGUCAACACGUCCGGCUACGAGGAUUCUUUCACAGUCUUAUUUCACUAUAACAACGGCCCCUUGGUGACGGCCAAGGCUGCUGUCGUAAGUCCGGAAGAGGACCAAUUGAGGUUCUGGAUCCGCGGAGACAAGGGCAGCUUCAAGAAGUUCCAUCUCGAUGUCCAGGAGGAGCAGCUCAAGAAUGGAAUCAAGCCCGGUGACAGCGUAUACGGCAGAGAACCCAGUGAAAGAUAUGGUACCCUGACCACUAUCCAAAAUGGCAAGCCCGUCAGAGAAGUUGCACCCACUGUGGAGCCACCGACCUGGUCUGAAUACUACAGGAAGCUUGCCCGAGCUCUCGCCGGAGAGGGUGACCUUCCCGCCAGCGGAGCGGAAGCCCGUGAUGUUAUCCGGUUGAUUGAGUUGGCGCAGGAGAGUUCACGGCUGGGCAAGACUCUGGAUGUUUGAAUUCUUUCAUUCGUGUAUGUAAAUAUGAGAUGCUAAUGAUCAUGAUAUGCUGUGUUAUUUCGUGAUCCGGGCGCUAUGGAUAUUGAUGAUGUGUCUUGUGACGCCGUACUCGUAGCGGUAGUAGGUACGUAUGGAAACCCUGGAAACUUGGUGAUGUAUUUGCUAAUAUAGACAUUACGACUAGUAGUAUAUUUGCCUUGACCAAAAAUGAUAUGUCUUUUGCAGUUAUGCGUGGUGAGUAUUGUGUAUUUAAUUUGUCGAGGAAUAUUGGAAUGCAGCAUGAAUGCCUUAGGCCGUACACGUACACAUUAUUCAACGAAUCGGGGUUCUCCUCCAUUACGUUACUCAU